AUGUCGUACGCCUGGCGCUCCAAGUACGGCUGGACGGCCUUCUGCGGCCCCGCCGGGCCGACCGGCCAGGCGUCCUGCGGCAAGUGCCUCCUGGUGACGAACACGGCGACCGGCGCGCAGAUCACGGCGAGGAUCGUCGACCAGUGCAGCAACGGCGGGCUGGACCUGGACUUCGACACGGUGUUCAGCAAGAUCGACACCGACGGGCAGGGGGUCGCCCAGGGCCACCUCACCGUCAACUACCAGUUCGUUGACUGCGGCGACAACUGA